UCAUGUCGCAAAGAUGGCUGCGGCCAGUAUUGGUGCCAGAGCUGCAUACACUUGCGCUGUGCAAAAUUGAAUUGUUCUUUCGCUCGAAUAUUUCUUCGUUGACAAUGGAAAUAGAACAGCUGCCGGAAAGCCUCCUGCUAGAGGUAUUUCUUCGCCUGAAGUUCAAGGACCUGUGUUCCUGCGCAAGGCAUUACAACCCUCUGUGUUGUCUCACUGUCCACUAAGGCGAGAGUACACACUGCUAGCCCAGCCAAGAAAUCGCGAAGGUCCUGCUAGGGCUGCAAAAGUUUUUGGACACUGCAUAACUUCAAAACAGUUGAUUUCAAGGCUGCUCUAGUGUUUGUCGACGGUGGCGACGGGUUGCACGUGACCGAGUGCUUCGAAGAAUGAUUGACGUGUCGGCCCAUCCACUGUCAGCACUACAGGCAUGGCACCUUAUCCGAGCUCAUGCAGAUGCAAACCUCGUGGAGCUACGAAUAUCAGGCAGCGCUCACAUGUUCUUCUCCAACCGUAGGGCACAGCACACAUUCACACCAAAGUUUUUCAAGCACCUGGCACAGCGUUGCCCAUCACUGAAGGUACUCCAUUUCACAGAUGCCUUCCUCGCACGCAACAUGACAACAACCAAGAUGUCAGUGUCGGACCUUCCACCAAUGCUGACACAUCUGUCGCUGCGCAGUUGCUUCUUCCAUCCGGCCGAGUUCUUUCGUGCUGAAUUCGGCCGGCCUGCCCUGCGCUCUCUACAGCUGCUUGACCUUGCGGACUGCAACCUUGUGUCAAGCGUUGAACUGGGCCGGCUCGAACAGUGGCCUUCGCUUCGCGCACUGAGCCUGGAAGGCUGCCACCGGGUCAAUGACGGUGGCCUGAGCAACAUUUUGCCACUUAUCAGCAAUCUGGUCGCCCUGGACAUUGAGGGAACUGACAUCAGCGAUCGAGGUGUGGAAAUGAUCCUGCUUCAUGGCCCGAACCUCAGGUUUCUAUUUCUUGGCCAUACGUCUUGCACCGGGGAAGUGUUUGUGUCGGUCUCAAGGCAACUGAAGGGCCGUCGCAAACUGGGGCUGUCCCAUAUAUGCCUCAGGAGGACACUUGUCAAGGACGAGCCUUUGUAUAGGCUUCUGGAAAUGGUGCCUCACUUGACGUGGCUGGCCGUGACAAGUCGUCACAUGUCGGCGGACGUGAGAGCCAGAGUGAAGGAGGCCGUGCCCUCUUCGUGCCAGUUUGUGCAGUUUUUGCCUUUCUAUGUCAACGCGAGCACAUUUUGUAGGCACUUUGUGUCUGACAGCAUCCAAAAUCUGAAGCUGGACAUGAUGCCAUGUGAUGGAAGAACAGUGCCUGGUUAGUGGAAUCGAUUUAAGAUUGACUGGUGAAUGACAAAAGACCUUCAGUUGCUGGAAGGUUGUGCUUUCUUUAAAUGUGGUUGCAAUGCACUAGUUUGUUGAUAGCCUGUUUAAACUGUAACUUGAAAAAUAAAUCUAUUUGUUGGA